GCGGCAGCACGUAUGCCGAGCAUUUGGUGUUGUGACCCACAAAUGUUCCGCUACAGCUCACCCAUCAUCAGUCAUCUAAUCCCACAGCCAAGACUCUGUCCUGCCAUAUAGAGAGUUAGAGUGAGACAAACAGAUCUAGAGUUUCUCCACGCUGCCAACUGAGAAAGAAAGCAUGAGAAAAACACAUUUCUGCACAAGAUAUUUGGUUUAUCCGGAGUUGACCUUUAUCCUUUUCUGCAGAGUGCUUUGAGAGGAAAAGCAGAGCUGCAUUCUGACACUGCUUCAUAGCAGGUCUCUCUCUGUUUCCCAGGAGCGCUACAGGCACUUGGCUGCCUUUGCUGUUAUUUUGCCCCUGAGCUGGGGGGGUCAUUGAGAUAUCAUUUUGUCUCAAACCCCAGGGUCUUCCAGGCUCCGGAUCUACGUUUUGUCUUUCGCGUGGAGGGGUUGGAAAGGUGAGCUGUCCAUCAUGUCGGUGUUGAAGAAGGAGAUGGAGAAGUACAGGGACAUAGAUGAGGACGAGCUGCUGAAGAAACUCUCAGACGAGGAGCUGCAGCGGUUAGAGGAUGAAUUAGAGGAGCUGGAUCCUGAUAAUGCUUUGUUGCCAGCUGGGUUGCGGCAGAAGGACCAGACUAAGAAAGCUCCGACAGGAACGUUUCAGAGAGAUAACCUCCUGGCUCAUCUGGAGAAACAAGCCAAAGAGCAUCCUGACAGAGAAGACCUAGUGCCCUUCACGGGGGAGAAGAGAGGGAAAGCCUGGGUGCCUAAAAAGAGGGUGGACCCUAUCAUAGAGAGCGUGACUCUGGAGCCAGAGCUAGAAGAAGCCCUAGCUAGUGCUACUGAUGCUGAACUGUGUGAUAUUGCAGCCAUCCUGGGCAUGCACACCCUGAUGAGUAACCAGCAGUACUACGAAGCCCUGGCCAGCAGCACCAUAGUCAACAAACAAGGCCUCAACAGUGUGAUCCAGUGCACCCAGUAUAAACCAGUCCCUGAUGAGGAGCCCAACUCCACCGAUGUAGAAGAGACCCUUUUGAGAGUGAAGAGGAACGACCCUGACCUAGUUGAAGUCAACCUCAACAACAUUAGGAACAUCCCCAUCCCGACUCUGAAGGCGUACGCUGAGGCUCUGAUGAAGAACACUGUGGUGGAGAGGUUCAGUAUCGUAGGAACCAGAAGCAAUGACCCCGUAGCGUUUGCCCUGGCAGAGAUGCUGAAGGUGAACACGACGCUGAAGAGCCUGAAUGUUGAGUCCAACUUCAUCACAGGGACUGGAAUCCUGGCCCUCAUAGAGUCACUGCAGAAUAACAGCACGCUACUGGAGCUCAAGAUAGACAAUCAGAGUCAACCGCUAGGCAACAAGGUGGAAAUGGAGAUAGCCAGCAUGCUGGAGAAAAACACCACGCUGUUGAAGUUCGGCUACCAUUUCACCCAGCAGGGCCCACGCCUCCGAGGCUCUAACGCCAUGAUGAACAACAACGACCUGGCCCGGGUCGUCAGGUCAGAGUCGGACGGCUCCUUCACCCUCACUCUGUCUGUCCCUGAGCUGGAGAGAGCCUUCGGGAAAAAGUUCAAGUCCAAGACUAAUAAGAAAGAGAAGGCUUGAGGGAGGACCAAUCUUCCCUAAGUGUCGGACGAAUGUGUAGAAACCAGGGUUAUCCUUCAAUUUCCUGUUCCCCCUCGAGCCCCAUCAUUUUUCCGGAACCUGGUCUCGUAAACCCUCUUCAGCCUCACAACGUACCCAGAGGACCAUGACCACCACGUCAGGUUCAGCUGUUUAGGGUUUGGAGAAAAACUUUUUGUUUUCUAGACUUUUUUAAUAGAUAUUAGAGGAUCCAAUGCAGUGUCCUGAGCUUUCAGUGCAUGCAAAAAGUCAGAUUGGUACAAUGUUUUUUGUGCUCUGAAUCUGUAUUUUGACCUGGGUUCUAGGCUGCCAGCCAUAGCUUACUCUGUCAUCUUGAAUCCUUUAAAAUCUCAUGAAGUGUCUGGAUUGUACAGUAAAAGGGGGGGAAGUUUGGUUUUGAGUGAGGGCCGAUUUGAAAGGUGAUGGGCCACUUUUAGCAACCCCUUUUCCUAUUGAGUUGAAUGAAUUAUCAUUAUUAUUAUUAUUAUGCUGUAAAUGAUUGUGCUGUCAUUACUGUUGUUCCCAACAGUUUCGGAUGCUGUUUCAAGGUCGGCAUACAAGGUAUUUUCUACAAAUUACACACUAAAGACAACGGCCCGUUUUAAUUUGACCGACAAAAUAAAAACAAAACAAUGAGUAAUACUGUAAUGUCACAUUUUAACCAGGUCAUGAAAAUCUGAUGUUAUAGACUUUUUUUUCCUAUUCGGUCCAAACAGUAUUUUUGUGACUCGCUGUCCUCAGUAGCAAUGCAGAUUCUUCAGUAACAGACAGAUUUAUAAACCUGGGUACUGUGAGAUUUGUUGCUAUAUACAGGAUAUAUUUAUUUGUGACAGACCUGGGAAAGAGUCAGAAUCCAUUCAGAUGCUUGACUGCUUACUACUUUACUACUUACUACUAUAACUUGGAUCGAUUGUGCUGGAUAAUGUUAAUAACAAGUGUAAAGCAUGUUGCUGUAAAUGAAAAUGUACACUCUAAUUACACAUUACACUGUUACAAUAUCCACCAAUUCAAGUUUUAUUCACUGAAAUCAGAUAUUCUAUGAACCCACUAUAAAACAUCCAACAAACACCAUUUUGUUAAUAACCGACAAGUAUUUGAAUGUAUUUCUGCUACACUUUCAACCAGGUCUGGUUUGUUGAUUUUUGUGUUUGUUUAUUUUUAUUUACUGGAGCUAAAAAUUAAGUGUGUUUUAAUAUGAAAUGGUUGGUACUGUUGAUUUACUGUUUAUUACAGGUUUCACAUGAACGCCUCAAUCCAGGUUUGGAGUAUUUCAGUCAGACACAGAUUUAAAAACACAGGGAACCUCUAAUGUCUUCACAGCUGUCAGGUUUUACAGAUGCAUUUUAUUUAAAGAAGGAAAUGGGAAACAGACAAUUUGCAGUUUCAAAAUGUUUGUUACCUGUGGCAGGUCUCCAACAACCAACUAUAUGCUGGCAAUGAUAAACGCUUCUGUAUGUUCGGCAGUACUUCUAACAGCACAAUGAGGGGAAAAAAGAAGGGUUUACUACUGUCUAAGCAGGAACUAGAGCUAAAACCUUUGCUGUCUCCAGUCAAAAUCCCCAGCAAUGGUCUGGACUCUUGUUAGUCUUUUUGAUGGCUCAAGAUGAAAUGGAUCUGUAUUUCCUGCUGAAAGCAAAUGGAUAAACUAUCAGUUGCAGACUUGAAGGUAAAACUGUUCGUACAUCCAUAUUUCCUUCAUGUGAACAACUGUACCUGAUACUGACACUCAGAGAUUAAAACAAUAAUAAUAAUAAUAAUAAUACAUAAAUACAUAAAUAAAAAUGAAGUCUGACAGCAUGUUAAUGGGUUAUACAACCCAUUUAAUGUUAUUUCAUACAGUAUCACUGCUUUGUUUUUUACUCUUUGGUCAGUGCUGUUGUUCAGCAAGGGGUAAUUAUGGAUGUAAACAUUUGUAAGACAAUAAGAAACUGAAAGCUAAAGGGGGGUGAGGACUGCCACUCACAGUCUUUGUGUGUCCCUGUUCUUUUCUUCUGUUUAGAGUUUUCUGAUAUUUUACUGCUUGACUGUGUUUUGUUAGAUAGUUCACCUUUUUUGGGUUGAAUUUUUGUUUAUGGGAUAAAUAAAGCUUGAAAAUAAUAUUUCCACAA